AAACAAUACACACACAGAAAGAGUCGCAGACUCACAGUUGAUCUUCCCCUCCAUUUGCCCCAAGUAAACACGAUGAUGUUAGUCGCUACUAAUUUUCUAUAAACCCUUUUGUUAAUUGUCUCUGCUAAUUACUUUGUCUGGUCAAAAAGAGCCAAGAAAGAGGCAAUGGAGAGCAUGAUCCCCGGAGGGCAGAUGACAAUUUUGUGCGGAAUUAUUACAUGGAUUUAUUUUUCUUCCCUUUUUAAUCUCACCCAAAAGCUCCGAUCUUUCAUUCAGCCCUGGGUUUCUAAGCGCGUCCGCUCUGAAACUCGCAUUAUUUUUGAAAUUCAGAAGCACCAACAUGGGGUUUUGGAUGCUUUGUUUUCAGGCUUGUCUUGUGUUGUUUCCGUGCCUUUUUACACUGCUUUUCUUCCCUUGCUUUUCUGGAGCGGGCAUGGCAAAUUGGCUAGACAAAUGACCCUUUUGAUGGCUUUUUGUGAUUAUAUGGGAAAUUGUGUUAAGGAUAUGGUAUCAGCUCCUAGGCCAGAUUCACCUCCUGUCAGGAGAGUUACAGCUACCAAAGAUGAGAAGGAAAAUGCAUUAGAAUAUGGAUUGCCUUCUUCUCAUACUCUAAACACCGUCUGCUUAUCAGGGUACCUCCUGCAUUAUGUUCUGUUGUACAUUGAAAGUAAAGAUGCUGCCAUUCAAAUUGCUGGAUUCGCAAUUGUUUUCCUGUUUGUAGGCCUCAUUGGUUAUGGCAGAAUCUACCUGGGGAUGCACAGCUUGAUCGAUGUUAUAAGUGGCCUUGUUCUUGGAUUGAUAACACUGACAUUCUGGAUCCUUGUUCAUGAAUACAUUGAUAUUUUUCUUGUUUCAGGACAAAAUGUCAUAUCAUUUUGGUCUGCACUUACUUUCUUGUUGCUCUUUGCAUAUCCGAAACCAGAGAGUCCAACUCCAAGUUUUGAGUAUCAUACAGCCUUCAGCGGUGUGACCCUGGGAAUUGUAGCUGGGGUCCAUCAAACUUACCAUCAGUUUCACCAUGACAAUGUUCCCCGCAUCUUUACUUAUCAGCUCUCAGUUCCUAUGUAUAUAGGAAGAGUUUUUGUAGGAAUUUCUACUAUACUACUCGUCAAGUUCUGUAGCAAGACUAUAGCAAAAUGGGCUCUCCCGAUAUCGGCAAAUGCCUUGGGCAUCCCGAUUCGAUCAACUAACUACAUCCCUGCUCUAGUUUGUUCAUCAACAGGCAAAAAGUCGGCUGAAGCAAAACAGUCUGGUUAUCUUCAAAAGCUCUUAUUUUUCGUCAAUCAGGACACUUUUGAUGUUGACACUGGUAUCAGGCUCUUUCAGUAUGCUGGUCUUGCCUGGUCUGUAGUAGACCUUGUUCCUUCUCUUUUCUCCCACCUAAGAUUAUAGUAGUUCACUUAGUUAUUGUAUUAUAUUAUACAUAUAUUCUCAGUUUUUAUUUCCCUCUUUCGGCCUGCCUUUGCUUGGUGCUAUCAUGUCAAUUUUGGACCACUGUAUAUAUAUAUUAGCAAACCUCUCCCGUUUGUAUAUAAUUAUGCAGCAUUGUACUCAGGUCAAUGGCAGAAUGAAGAAUUCAAUUAAUUC